AUGUCAGGAAAUACUGACCAAGAACGUCUUCUUGAUACAUGGAUCAAAUGUAACAAGCUGGCUCAGCACACUACUUGGAAGCCAAGACAGCGUGCAAUGCUCAUUGGCCUGGCCAAAGAACUUCAAGCGGAUUACAAGAAUUCAGAUGAUGAAGCUUCACCAACUCAGGCCCCAGACCAGCAAUCACCAAUAAACUCUUUGUCUGCAACAGUUCAAGAACCUCGUGGCCCCGCCCAACAGCCAAGUCUCCCAGACAAAGGACUAACUCACCCGGCACUAGAACCCAGUAGACCGGUAGAACAUUGCAGGUUCAAACAACCCAGUGGCCAGGCCAAACAACCAAGUCGCCUGGCGGAACAACCAAGCUUCUUGGCCAAACAACCCCUGUUCCCGGCCCAACAACCCAGUUUUCCCGCCGAACAACCCAGUGGCCAAGAAGGAAGUGGUUCCUCCUUUUGGGCCAACAUUCCUGCCCAACUUCCAGUUCCCCAAAACAUGUAUCCAAGAUUCCAACAAUUUGUUGAUACGGAGGGACUCCUAGCCUCCCUUGAGGAGAAUUUCCGGCAGACCAACAAACAAGAACGCAGACCCACAGUCCAAGUUGCUCCAGCACCGAUCAACCGCUUGGAACCCACGCUUGCAGUUAAUCACCACAAACGACGACCAGAUCUUGGUCAACCGCGCAUAUACGAGACAACUAGCCAGCCUACCAGAUACUGCCUUCCUAAUGUACGGCUUGAAGGCAUUCCAGAUUGCCCACAGUUGAAAAGCAAGAAACAACGGGUUGAAGACACCAAUUCCGACACCAAUGCAGAGAAUGGUGAAGGAAAUGACACCAUAGCAGCCCUCCCUCCUCCUCCAGCUGUUCAGAAGAAUUACAUCAAACCCUUGAAUACGUCAAAGACAGCCUCAGUCAACCAAUUUUUUACUCCACAUCCAAUGACAGCGCCUAAGAAUUUAACUUCUGAAAGCAUGGCCGGCCUGACUAUCAAGAGAAACACCAAUCCCACCAGCAACCGCACCCCCUCAGCCCCAAACAGGAGACCCCAAGGAGAACCAAUUCCUACACAACCAACUCCUGACUCACCUCCACGAGCAGCUCGAGAUGCUUCUGUUGAACUUUUUCUGCCUGCCCCGCUGAUGCCUUUGGAAGUGGCACAGGACAUGAAGAACAAAUUGGCCAGAGGAAUCAAUUGGUCCUUUAAAUCAGCUGACACAGCCCUGGAGAACAUUGCCUACAUCUUAACCCACCUCCCUGGAAUGAUCUCUGGCCACGAGGUUAUGCCCAAGGAGUUUUCAGAUCAAGUCUGGAAAGACAUUGGUACCACAUCACAGGCGUGUAGAUCAGUGGAGAUCCUGAAGACCAGGGGAGAAGUGUUGUUGAUCACUAGUGACAUGGUCAACAUGCAGCAAAUAAACGCCUAUAAAAGCAACACGAAGGAAAAAAACGUUCAUACACUGUUGGCCAACUUGGCAUCACAUUUCAAUCCAACCUCAAAAGCAUACUCCCGAAUCGACCCAUCUCUACGUGAAUUCAGUGCCUCUCAACAGAGGGAAGGAGGCGGUCCACCAUGGAAACUACUACCAACGGAUCAUACAGGUCUCCAUACUGCUCUCCUCUCAUUCCAAAAGACCUACCAAAACCUGGCCCAAACAAAUCCAAACAAAACGGAAGGUGAAGCGCAUUUGUUGUCACAGUUCUUCACUGGUGCCAUUGCGGGCUUGGGAUACCUCUGUUUGAUAACCGACCACAAACAGCCACAACAUAAAAAGCUGGCCGGGUGGAUGAACCAAAACCCUCCACAACAGCUGCAGAUGCUAGCGGGCCUCAUCGUUUUUGGUCCGAAAGCGGUAUUGACCUCCAACAAAACCGGCUCAGUCAUCACAAUUGCCAAUGCCUCAGCCCUCUUAACAGCUGGGGCAAAUGUCCUCAAACAAAAGGUUGAUAAUGGUGGCUCUUUCACCAUGGACCACAACACCUUUGACAACCUGCAACUCUAUUUCUUGGAUUUCUUGCGCUCCCUUGGUUUUGACAAGAUUGGAAACCUGGGCCGGCUGGAACGCCGCGGCCUGCGCGCCGCGGCCUGCGCGCCCGGGUUCGGCGCCGCAGCGUUCGCGCUCGUCUGUUUUGACGUCCUCGACUCGUGCCUCCACUUCUGA